AUGUCUCCACUUUUGAGAAGCAUCUUCAAUAUCACUGAAGUUUUCAAUCAAUAUGCCUCACAUGAUUGUGAUGGUGCAGCACUAUGCAAGAAAGACCUGAAGAACCUCCUUGAAAAGGAAUUUGGAACUAUUCUUCAGAGACCACAUGAUCCUGAAACGGUAGAUUUGAUCCUGGAACUUCUGGAUCGCGACUGUAACGGGCUGGUUGAUUUCAACGAGUUCCUCCUGUUCAUUUUCAAAGUGGCUCAAGCUUGUUAUUACGCUCUCAUUGAGGCCUCGGGGCUAGAGAAGGAAGCCAGGUGUGAGGAAACGGUGAGCCCGUUACAAGAUCGCAGGCAAGAAGACCAAAGGAGACUUGAGCGCCAGGACAGACAGUUGGAAGAAGAACGCAGGCAGAAGAAGCAGGAACAAGAGGAGCUCGCUGAGGAAGAGGAGCAGAGGGAGAAGCAACAGAGACAUGAGCAAAGGCGAGAAAGGGAAGCGCGCCGUGAGGAAGAAGAGCAGCUGCAGACGCGCAAGGGGCGGGCACCUGAGGAGUUUCCUGACCGAGUGCAGAGGCGAGAGAGGCAGGAGCAGCGAGAGCGCCAGCGCCUUGAGGAGCAGCGCGAACGCCAGGAAGAGGAGCAGCUACCCCAGCGGGAACGGCAGGAGCUGCGGAGAGAGCGCCUGGAGGAGGAGGAGCUGCAAAGGCAGAAACACCAGCGCCAGGAGCCCUUGGAGGAGGAGGGGCGCCAGCGGCAGCUCAGGCGCGUGCAAGAGCUGAGGCGCGAGCAGGAGCUGAGGCGCGAGCAGGAGCUGAGGCGCGAGCAGGAGGAGAGGCGCGUGCAAGAGCUGAGGCGCGAGCAGGAGGAGAGGCGCGUGCAAGAGCUGAGGCGCGAGCAGGAGGAGAGGCGCGUACAAGAGCUGAGGCGCGAGCAGGAGGAGAGGCGCGAGCAAGAACUGAGGCGCGAGCAGGAGAGGCGCGUACAAGAGCUAAGGCGCGAGCAGGAGGAGAGGCGCGAGCAAGAACUGAGGCGCGAGCAGGAGAGGCGCGUACAAGAUCUGAGGCGCGAGCAGGAGGAGAGGCGCGAGCAAGAAUUGAGGCGCGAGCAAGAGCUGAGGCGCGAUCAGGAGCGGCGCUGGCAGCAACUGAGGCGCGAGCGGGAGGAGCAGGAGCUGAGGCGCGAGCAGGAGGAACGGCGCGAGCAACAGCUGAGGCGCGAGCAGGAGGAACCGCGCGGGCAGCAGCUGAGGCGCGAGCAGGGGCCACUCUUGGAGCAGCUGAGGCGCGAGCAGGAGGAGCGGCGGGAGCAGCAGCUGAGGCGCGAGCAGGAGGAGCGGCGCGAGCAGCAGCUGAGGCGCGAGCAGGAGGAGCGGCGGGAGCAGCGGCUGAGGCGCGAGCAGAAGGAGCGGCGUCGGCAGCAGCUGAGGCGCGAGCUGGAGGUCGCUGAGGAGGAGGGACGGCAGGAAGAGACUCGUGAGCAGGGCGAGAGCCGCAUCCUGAGGUGGCAGCGGCAGCUGGAAAGCGAGGCCGACGCCCGUCAGAGCAAAGUCUAUUCGAGGCCCCCCAGGCAGGAAUCGCUGAGGCGCCGCCAGGAGCAGGAGGAAGAGGAGGACAGGCGGCUCCAAGUCCACAAGCGGCUGCAGCGCCAGGAAGAGAAGCUGCAAGAGGAGAAGAGGCGCCAGGAACUGGAGAGACAGUAUCAGGAGGAAGGGCAGCUGCAGAGGGGGGAACGUGAGGACAGGAGACGCCAAACGAGGGAGAGACAGUAUCAGGAGGAAGAGCAGCUGCAGCGGGAAAAGAGGCGCCAGGAAUUGGAGAGACAGUAUCAGGAGGAAGAGCAGCUUCCGCAGGAAAAGCGCCAGGACCUGGAGAGACAAUAUCAGGAAGAAGAGCAGCUGCAGAGAGAGGAACGCGAGGACAGGAGACGCCAAAAGCGAGACAGACAGUAUCAGGAAGAAGAGCAGCUGCAGCGGGAAAAGCGCCAGGAACUGGAGAAAUAUCAGGAGGAAGAGCAGCUGCAGAAAGAGGAACGUGAGGACAGGAGACGCCAAAAUCAGGAGAGACAGUAUCAGGAGGAAGAGCAGGUGCAGCAGAAGGAAGAGCAGUUGCAGAGGGAAAGAAGGCGCCAGCAACGCGACAGGCAGAAUCUGGAGGAGGAGGAGCUGCUGCACCAGGACAGGAAACAGCAAUUCCGGGAUGAAAAUCAGAGCCGUGACCUGAAAUGGCAGUGGCAACCAGGGGGGAAAAAUGAAGUUCGUAAUUACAGGGUUCACUCCAAACGCAGAGAGAAUGAAGAAAAGAUCCGGCAAUUGGAAGAUCUCCAGGUGAGGGAGAGACAACUCCACCAGGAUCGGUGGCCCCUGAAGGAAGAGAGAGAGCAAGAGAGGAGGAAUUGGCAGUCACUGGACAGGCAAUUCUCAGCCAAAGAACUGCUGGAGCAAGAGGAGCAAAAGGAAGCCAAAAGGCGAGCCAGGGAGUUGCAAGAGGAAGAGCAGCUGCUGAAGGAGGAAAGAGAGAAGAAAAGACGCCUUCAGGAAGAAGACAUCAAGUUCCGUGAAGAGGAACAGCUCCUCCAGGAACGCGAAGAACAGCGGCUGCGUCGCCAAGAGCGCGACAGAAAGCUCCGCGAGGAGGAACAGCAGCUGUUCCGCCAGGAACGCGAGCAAGAGCUCCGCCAGGAACGCGACAGAAAGUUCCGUGAGGAGGAACAGCUCCUUCAAGAACUGGAAGAACAGCGGCUGCGUCGCCAAGGGCGCGACAGGAAGCUCGGCGAGGAGGAACAGCAGCUGCGCCGCCAGGAACGAGAGCAAGAGCUUCGCCAGGAACGCGACAGAAAAUUACGUGAGGAGGAACAGCGGCUGCGUCGCCAAGAGCGCGACAGAAAGCUCCGCGAGGAGGAACAGCUCCUCCAGGAACUGGAAGAACAGAGGCUGCGCCGCCAAGGGCGCGACAGAAAGCUCGGCGAGGAGGAACAGCAGCUGCGCCGCCAGGAACGCGACAGAAAAUUCCGUGAGGAAGAACAGCUCCUCCAGGAACUGGAAGAACAGCGGCUGCGUCGCCAAGGGCGCGACAGAAAGCUCCGCGAGGAGGAACAGCAGCUGCGCCGCCAGGAAGGAGAGCAAGAGCUCCGCCAGGAACGUGACAGAAAGUUCCGGGAGGAGGAACAGCAACUGCGCCGCCAGGAACGCGACAGAAAGUUCCGUGAGGGGGAACAGCUCCUCCAGGAACUGGAAGAACAGCGGCUGCGUCGCCAAGAGCGCGACAGAAAGUUCGGCGAGGAGGAACAGGAGCUGCGCCGCCAGGAACGAGAGCAAGAGCUUCGCCAGGAACGCGACAGAAAAUUCCGUGAGGAAGAACAGCUCCUCCAGGAACUGGAAGAACAGCGGCUGCGUCGCCAAGGGCGCGACAGAAAGCUCAGCGAGGAGGAACAGCAGCUGCGCCGCCAGGAACGAGAGCAAGAGCUUCGCCAGGAACGCGACAGAAAAUUCCGUGAGGAAGAACAGCUCCUCCAGGAACUGGAAGAACAGCGGCUGCGUCGCCAAGGGCGCGACAGAAAGCUCAGCGAGGAAGAACAGCAGCUGCGCCGCCAGGAACGCGACAGAAAAUUACGUGAGGAGGAACAGCGGCUGCGUCGCCAAGAGCGCGGCAGAAAGCUCCGCGAGGAGGAACAGCUCCUCCAGGAACGGGAAGACCAGCUGCUGCGGGAGGAGCAGGAACUGAGGAGCCGGCAGGAGAGAGACCAGCAGUACCUGGAGGAGGAGCAAUUUGCCCGGGAGAAGAGGAGUCGUCAGGAACUGCGGCAGGAAGAACAGAGACGCCGCCAAGAGCGGGAAAGGAAAUCCCGUGAAGAAGAGCAGCUCAGCCGCCGGCUGGAGCAGGCACAGAGGCGCGGUCAAGUCUGGGAGGAAAAAGACAAGGGUCGUCAGCAAAUUCUUGAGCCUGGCAAGCAUCAGUUUGCCAGUGCCCCGGUGCGCUCCAGCCCUCUCUAUGAGUACAUCCAAGAGCAGAGAUCCCAAUACCGGCCUUAGGAAAUGCUGCUAUAUCCCAACACUUGUCAAAGCUUCAGCAAAGGAAAACCGGAAACAUUGGGUACUAAAUGACUCAAAUGUUUUUGGUUGUGGGAAAACUCUGUUAUGUUAGAAUAUGUCUCUUUUCCAAAAUCUUAAACUGUAAUCCUUUCAUGUACUUUGUACUUCUACCUCUUAUUCUUCCUCAAGUAGUUCUUUACUGCAGGAUGUCUUCGCUCUUUGGUGCAGAUGUGGUGUGCAUUUAAAAAAAAACAAAUCAUUUAAUUUGUUUAAGGAGUUUAGGGGACAUGUUAAUUUAUUGCUUUCAAAAGUAACAAGAAUAAUAUGUGAGAUUCAAAAGAAUUAGGUCUGUUUUUUUAAUGGUUGAUCUAUUUUGUGAAAAGCUUAGUUAUUUUUAGUGUUCAAGUUGGUAUUUCUUCUUGGGCUUAAAUUACAUUAAUAUUUACUUCCAAAUAGCCUCUAAUCUUUUGUGGCGCAAUUAGUACAGAUUC